AUGACUUCGAUCGGUAGUUCGAAAGCAGAUCGGUUCGCCGAGAUUGAUCGUUGCUUGGCCAUGAUCUCGCCUUCAUCCUCGGAUGAAUCCAAAUUUGUGGGCAUGCUGAUCCUGCCCAAACUUUUGCAACAAAACGAUGCCGCCGCUAUUCAACAUGUGUUUGAUGGUAUGAAUUUUACGUUUAUUGAACGUCUUUUGCGCACAGCUCCCGACGAAAAUGCCGAGGUACCGGAUUCAGUUAUGAAAGAAAUUGCUGUGAAUAUUCUCGGUUGUUUUGCACGUUACGAAAACUUGGUAACAAGCAAGCCCAUGACGGAACGUAUUCCUACCUUAUCCACGGUUCUGACACCAAAUGAUCCAACCGAUGUCACGGAGGAAACGCUUCAUAUUAUGCUGUGUAUGGCCGUCACCAAAGAAAGCAUGGUGAAAAUUCUUGAUCCCGACGUCCUCAAGAACAUUUUUGAAGUGUUUGCACAAACUCAAAAAGCGAAAGAACGAUCCUUGUGUGUUCAACUUGUCACCUCUGUUUACGCGCGCGCAUGCCAUCAAUUGCAUGAGAAACCGAUUCCGAGCUUGACUUCCGCUGUUAAAUACUCGCUGAAAACUACUUUAUCCAUUUUAUCACAGAUAUUCAAGAAUGACCAGGAUAUGCUCAAGUUUGAGACAUUGCAUAUGUUGAGUCAACUUCUUCCCUUGGUGCCUUCUACGGUUAUGGAUAAAGUGAAACAUGAUGCGGAAAAGUCUUAUGGACGAUGGCUGGAACAUCUGCGAGUGGGAUUACGGCAGCUGCUGAGCAGCAGGUUACGUGAUUCCGAUCGAGAUGAGGCCAUGGUAGUCACGGCUUGCAUGUUGCGUUACUUCGGACCUGAUUGGCUGUUUUCUUCGUUGGAGCAAACCAAAGCUUGUAAGCGGAAGAAAGAGAAGCAAUCUGAAGAUAAAAAGGUCCUGGAAGCUUAUGCCGACGCCAAUUUCCCCUCAUUAUUGGUGCAUUUGUCGGCUGUUGAAACCCGGGUGAUGUUGGAUGAUAUCAAUGAUCGACUGCGGUCGCUCCACAAUCUGAAUGCGGUGGUCCACGAUGAAGAAAAGGAGAGGCGACAAGAAAUUAUGAUACCUGUGCAUUACGAAAUUCUUGAAGCUUGCAUACAAUAUUUAUCCAUGCAUUUUGACAAUGACAGUAACAGCGGAACGGAUCCCGAAGUGCUGCUGAAAAUCAGAAAGACGUUAUCCGACACUUUGGAAAUCGUGAUGGAACUCCUUCGCUUCAUCCAAGAUACAACCGACAACGAUGAAGAGCUCGAAAAUAACACCAUUGCCCAAGCAAGUAUGCGUAUUGUGGCCGUGUGGUUGGCAGAAGAAGGCUUUGAAUUGUAA